UAAAGCCGCUACUAUGUGAUUGAUCAUCCGCUUAAAGAGAAAACUAGUUUUGUCAAAAUUCAUUUUGAGGAAGAGACUUUCAUUUGAUGUUGUGCUUAGCGCUAGGGCUUUGUUGAGGAAUAUGUGUGUGUGGUUGCACUCUCAGUGGUGCGCUUUGGCUCCAGAGGACUCUGAGGCAGCAGAGUGUGUGAGAUGAAUUUCAAUCACGUUUUUCUCUGCGUGUAUGUAUGUGUGUAGCGCUCAGUGGGCCUUUAUAAAAGCAUUUCCAGUGUUGUUAAGAUGGUCUCGCACCUGAAGGGUCUUUUAAGGCUGACUGAAUAAAAGCCACGGCUUAGCUUCACACCCAGAACAAAGAAAACCAGGGAGUUUGGUGACUAAUAAUCUAUUAUUAGAAACCGCUGCAGCCAGAUAUAAACAGAACAUUGAAAAGAUGAGAUGGGGGGGGGGUCUUUUCAUAUUUAUUUCUUGGAAAAAGUGCGUAUGUGUGUUUCCUAACAAUUUGUUUUUCUGUAAUCAUCAUUUCCUCAAAAUGUGACUGCGAAUGGAUGUAUGAUUUCCUGAUAAUUUCUCUCCCUCUCUCAGAAAAAAGUGGUGGAGCAGUUGAGGAAGGAGUUGCUGGUCAAACAGGAGCCCGACUUGAAGCCACAGAUGCUCCCUGCAACAGCAGAUGGUAAAACUGUGCUGCUGACACCCGCUUGUCCCCCUUCACAGCCGCCCACAGGGCCUCCACACAACCAGGGGGCGCCACAGAAGACUCUCACCGUGACGCCGGUCAUAACUGCAAAGACUCUACCUCUCGUGCUGAAAGCUGCCACCUCCACCAUGCCUGCUUCCAUGGCAACACAACGCCCCACAGUCGCCAUGGUCACUGCCAUCAGCAACCCCCCGAGACCCGGCAUCAAUUCCGACUCCCAGAGCACACCAAUCAAUCUUCAGGUGGCCGGCAAGCUACCCAAUCAGGACACAGAUGCCGGCACACGGAUUGUGUCCAAGAAUGUUAUUGUUGUGCAGGCCGCCACCACCUCUGCCCAGCCUAUCAAAGUUCCCCAGUUUGUCCCUCCUCCUAGAUUGACGCCUCGACCCACCUUUCAGCCACAGGUUCGACCAAAACCCCCCAUGCCCAUCAAUGUGCCCAUCGCUCCAGCUCCUCCUCCUCCCAUGGUGGCGGCUCCUCUAAUCCAGCGGCCUCUGAUGCUCACCACCAAGCUGACGCCAUCUUUGCCUGCCUCUGCUGGGCCCAUUCACCAGGUGCACAUCGUGAACGGACAGCAGUGUGCCACCAUUGACAAGACCACGACUGCAGUCACGAGUGGCACCACGCAAGUCACAGGCAUUGUCAUCAGUCCUGCCCAGACACUUAAGAUCAGCAACCUUAACUCAGACUUGAAGACUGUGAAACCACAGGGAGGACCAGAACAGGUGGUCACGAGUACACCACCCUCAUGCUCUCCUCCUCUUCCUCCUCCUCCAGCUAAGGUCAAACGAGAGGAGAGCCCACAGAAACUUGCCUUUAUGGUGUCUCUUGGGUUGGUCACACAUGACCAUCUUGAAGAGAUUCAGAGUAGAAGACAAGAACGUAAGAGGAGAACAACAGCCAACCCAGUGUACAGUGGAGCAGUGUUUGAACCUGAGAGGAAAAAGAGUGCCGUCACUUACUUGAACACUCCACUGCAUCAAGGCACCAGGAAGAGAGCCAAUGAGGAUCCCCUUUCUAAGGGAGACAUCCAUGAGGAUUUCUGCACUGUGUGCAGACGCAGUGGACAGUUGCUCAUGUGUGACACAUGUUCGCGCGUCUACCACCUCGACUGCUUGGACCCACCCCUCAAAAACAUUCCCAAAGGCAUGUGGAUCUGUCCUAAAUGUCAAGACCAGAUUCUGAAGAAAGAAGAGGCCAUUCCAUGGCCAGGAACCCUAGCAAUUGUCCAUUCCUACAUUGCUUACAAAGAAGCAAAAGAAGAAGAGAAGCAGAAGUUAAUGAAAUGGAGUGCCGAACUAAAGCUGGAACGAGAACAACUAGAACAGAGAGUGAAACAGCUCAGCAACUCUAUAACAAAAUGUAUGGAGACCAAGAACAGCAUACUUGCCCGUCAGAAGGAUAUGCAGGCCUCUCUGGACAAGGUAAAACACCUGGUCCACCUCAUCCAGAGCUUUAACUUGACUCAGUCCAUGGAGACGAUCAUCCUACAGGAUUCCAAACAGGACUGCACAGAGUCAGGGAGCAUCAAAGACUCAAAGGAUGCUACACAAGUGUGUGUGCAGGAGAGUCCCACCGAGCCUAGAGUGCAAGUACCAGCCGCCGUAGCAGUUCCCGAAGUGAAGGCAGAGCCAGAGGUGGGUGAAAUGGCAGAGCCAGCAGCCGCAGUCACACCUGAGGCUGCGUCAGGUGAAUCGGGAGUUAGUGCCCCGGAAGUGCCCAAAACCACAGUUGGUGAGGAGAUCAUGGAUGCGGCGAAAACGCCCGAGCCUGCGGAAUUGCCUAAGGCCAGGGACGUAAAAACUAAUGGAGGAAUGGACUUUGUUUGUACCGGCUUGAACCCGGAGGAAAAGGAGGGUGCUGUCGAUGCCGCAGAAUCUGUGGGCUCCGAGAAUAUCCCUCCCAUUGACAGCAGUUGUGUAGAGAAUGCUGGGAAGAUGGAAGUGGAGCUGCAGGAAGAUGAAAGUCAUGGCAUGAACACCAACAACGGCAAAACCUCAGAACCUUCUCAGCAGGCUUUGCCAGCCCCUCUAAUCAGUGUGGAUAACCCCAAAUAGUUCUCAGCCUCACACUAAACAUAUUUACAUCACCAAAACAUUUAAACAGAUUUCCUAUUGCACCUUGGACUGGUGCACAAAGUUGCCAAUCUAUACGUAUAUAUAUAUUAUACAUAUAUAUAUAAAUAUUAUCUAUAUCCAAAUAAAUGUUUUUUUUUUUUGUUUUGUUAUUUUUACUUUUGUUUUAAAUGGUAAAACUGUGUCAACAGUACUUCUACAUCCAAGGCAAACUAGUCUUGGUUCUUGUAGACCAAUAGAGCCCGAACUUGUGGGUGAAAAGGGUGACUUGCGAAAGAGUGUCAUGCCAAUUAUUAAUUAUUAACAAAAAGAAAAAUAGUAGUUCAAUAAUAUUAAUAAUUAUUAUAAUUAUAAUAAUAAUAAUGGUGAUAAAGAUGAUGGAUGAUUUAUCAGAUCAGACCAGUGUGUGCCUCCAACAUGGGGUUUGUUUUCCAUAGGUUGUCUUAGUUGUCUUCUCCUCAGGAGGAGAAAGGCAGGGCAGAUGUGUCCAAAGACUGCAUGACUAUGCUCACACCCUGUGCACCUCCAGCCAGGCCUGAGUGGCCCAGCAAUACCAAAAGCUUCUCUUUCCAAACAGGACAAAAAAAUAAAAUAAAAAUCAGUGCAUCAGUAUUCGCCAGGGACAAGGAAGAGGUUUAGAAUCCGGUUGUUGGCGUGGGGUAGACUAAAUCAGGACCACCUAUAGCAACCCCUCUAAUUUCUUUCCUCCACUCUACAUCUUGUCCGCAUUCUCCAGUUAGCUGUAGAAGUGUCCCGUCUCCAAGUCAUCUCAGGCUAAUCAGUGGUAGAGCGCAUGGCAAAGCCUCUCGAGAUCUUUGACAAAGGGCUGGAAGAGGAAGCUACACCAGAAGUCACAUCUCGGUAACUGCAACAAAUCAUGCGUGGUAGAUUAGUCUGAAAAGCGGUGUUGGUUCUGUGUAUUGAAUGAGUCUUGUUCUAAAGUCAGUAUAUGUGUGUAUUCUAUACUGUUUGUGGAUUUUAUUAAUUUAGUUUUUUUGUUUGUUUUUGUUUUUAAGAAAAUAUAUUCAGGUCUUCCUAGUCUUCAUUGAAAAAUAAGUGCUUUUUUGUUUCAUGAAACAGUCGUUUGUUAUCAAUGGUGUUUAAAAAUGGCAUGAAUUAUGCAAGCAGCUUUCUCAAUUUCAGAGAUGCACAUUGCAUAAUGAGUGUCUGCUUUUAUUUGAAUUCCGAACUGCCAAAUGCUUUAGGUUUUUUUAAAUCUAAAAUAAUGGUAAUAUCCUCUUACUGUGUGUUUAGUCUAAAAUAUAGUCAUCCCCAUUUUUCCAAAACCUUUUUUUCUUGAAAAACAAUAAUGACUAAGUCACAAUUUGCUGUCUUAAACUUGAGGGUUUGAUGUAUGAGCCAAAUUGAGUAAUAAGGAAAUGACAGAAAACCCUUAAUUAAAGCACAAGCUUUAUUGUAGAUAACUAAAGCAAACGCACUAAGAACCUCUUAAGAGACUUUGAGCAAAAUUUUCCAAAAAGCGCUUAAAUCUUAUCUGUUGGUUUUUACGCUUGCCAACAUCCUGUAAAAUCGAAAACAACAGCCAGUUGCUUGCAUACAAAGUGGAAAGCACUGUUUAUGACCGUCUUCUGCUGGUUUUUGCUGGCUUUGCGUUGUGUUGCUUAUUAUCUUAUCCUGUCCCAGGUAACGUCUUAAAAGUCUUAAAAAUAAUGCACGGCUGGCACCUUUUAUGUUAAUGUCAGACCAUUCCAAAAAGCAUAUCCCUUUUAGCUUCAUAAAGAUAGCCACUCAGGCUAGGAUUGAACGCAUAUCAAAUUCCACAUAUCCGUUUAGGGCAUCUUUGUAAGUGCUUAUUUUGACUAUAUGUAUACAGUAGUGCAUAUUUAUUUGGGAUUUGAAAAGAAUGAUGCAUAGCUCAUUUUGGCUGUUUAAACACAAGAUAGAACCUACCACAAUAUGGAUCCUGUUUUUGGGAUGAUGUUUACGGUUUUGUUUUUGUUUUUUAAAUGAUGGAUUUAUCUUGAUUAGUCAGGAUUUCAUGGCUUUAAAACCCAAUUUGUAAUUCUUAGUGGAUGGGAUCUUGGUUAUAUCAACAAUGUGCUGCAAUUUCUCACAAUCUACUGUGAAAAUUCACAUACUUAUCCUUAAUACAUUCCCAUAAUGCCCUGUUACCCUUUGAGACAAGACUGGGUAAUAACAGAUAAACAUUCAUAUCAUGGCAACCAUUAUUGUGGCAUAACAUACCGACAUGAAUAUUAAAGGCCUUCCAGAAGUCACCAUUGUCAGUCUAGAGAAUAUUUAAAGAAAAUGACUUUUAUUCCUUCCUGUACAGGUGCCCAGAGUGCCUUCAACAUUUUACAUACUGAAUUUAGUCUCAUAAACUGGUCAUAUUUCCCUCUCUCUGUAAAACAUCACUCAGUUAACUUUGAUUAGAAGCACAUUUCUUUUAAUUUCAUUUGGUUAAAGUGAAAUGGUUGUAGUGAUGUGCUUGUGUUGGUCUAGUCCUGUCUGUCUUUACUUAAUCUAGUUACCUGCUGUGAAGUUAAAGAGCCCCUAUUAGAGUAGGCUAUAUUUUAAGGAGUUGCCUUGAGCUUUUUAAUACUCUGAACAAAAGUAUAUCUAAGUGAUUGCACAAAAUUGGUCUGGAGAAAAAAAAAAAAGAGUUGUUCCUUAUAAUGUGUUUUAAAUUAAUUCAUUGGUUCAUCAGAGCACUCUGUGCCACCAAAAUAUUAAGUGUGUGAAAAUUGUG